UUCUCCGUUUUCCACUGUUUGGUUUUCUACCGCACACUUCGAGUCACUUGAAAACAGACUAGACCUUGACUUAGCUCUAGUUUUGUUUUAAAAAUUGAACGCUCUAGACUAGUUCUAGUGUCAAAAUGCCUCCAACAAUUUAUGAUCGCGACCAAAAUUCAAAAAAUAGAGAUAUUUUCAAAGAACUAGAAUGCACACUAAAAAACAGAAUCAUGAUAUUUGAUGGUGGCAUGGGCACCAUGAUCCAACGUGAAAGACUGGCAGAGGAGGAUUUUCGAGGAACAAUAUUUAAGGAUCACCCUCGUAAUCUAAAAGGAAAUAAUGACCUACUUUGUUUAACCAGACCAGAUGUUGUUUUAAAGAUUCACAAGGAGUACCUUUAUGCAGGGGCAGACUUUGUAGAAACUAAUACAUUUAGUGGGACAAGCAUUGCACAGUCUGAUUAUGGUUUGGAAAAAUAUGUUUACAGAAUAAACAAAGAAGCAGCUGAACUGGCCAGAAGAGCUUGUGAUGAAGUUUCGAUUCAGACAGGUACAACUCGCUAUGUAGCUGGAGCUAUAGGGCCUACAAACAGAACACUGUCAAUAUCUCCAUCAGUGGAACAUCCUGAGAUGAGAAACAUCACUUUUGACGAGUUGGUCGAGGCGUACACAGAGCAGGCUCGAGGCUUGUUAGAUGGAGGUGCUGAUGUUCUGUUGGUGGAAACGAUUUUUGACACAGCCAAUGCUAAAGCUGCUCUCUUUGCCAUAGAUAAUGUAUUUGAGAUGGGCUACCCACGAGUGCCUGUUUUUGUUUCUGGCACCAUAGUAGAUAAAAGUGGCAGAACGCUGUCAGGGCAGACAACUGAAGCAUUCAUCAUCAGCGUCUCCCAUGCUCAGCCCAUGUGUCUAGGGCUCAACUGUGCCUUGGGGGCAAGAGAAAUGAGACCAUUCGUUGAGUCAGUCAGCAAGAACACCACAGCUUAUGUUUUAUGUUAUCCUAAUGCUGGUCUUCCCAAUACAUUUGGCGAGUAUGACGAGACUCCUGAACAAACAGCAUCAUAUAUUCAGGACUUUAUUAAGGAUGGUUUAAUAAAUAUCAUUGGUGGAUGCUGUGGCACUCAACCUGGCCAUAUCAAGGCUAUUGCUGAAGUGGCAAAAAAGUUUAAACCCAGAGUACCUCCCCUUGAGCUCCAUUCUGGCCAUUUGUGUCUCUCAGGUUUAGAACCAUUUUAUAUUUCUCCUCUCACCAACUUUGUUAAUAUUGGUGAAAGAUGUAAUGUUGCUGGAUCCAGAAGGUUCUGUCGCCUCAUCAAAGACAGAAAAUUUGAGGAAGCCCUGAGUGUUGCUAAGGAACAAGUUCAGAAUGGAGCUCAGAUUAUUGACAUCAACAUGGAUGAAGGAAUGUUGGAUGGUGUGUCAGCAAUGACAACAUACGUCAACCUAAUCACAUCUGAGCCAGAAAUAGCUAAAGUUCCUUUGUGUAUUGAUUCAUCCAACUUUGCUGUUAUCGAGGCUGGGCUCAAGUGCACUCAGGGCAAAUGUAUUGUGAACAGUAUUAGUCUGAAAGAAGGAGAAGACGACUUUUUAAGGAAAGCCAGAAUAAUUAAAAAGUAUGGAGCCGCAGUUGUCAUCAUGGCAUUUGAUGAAGUUGGCCAGGCUGCUGACACAGAGCGCAAAGUCUCCAUCUGUACAAGAUCUUACAAUUUACUGACCCAGAAACUUGGGUUCAAUCCCAAUGAUAUUAUCUUUGACCCCAACAUUUUGACCAUUGCUACUGGCAUUGAAGAGCAUAACACUUAUGGAAUCAAUUUUAUUGAGGCCACAGCUACAAUCAAGAAAACAUUGCCAGGAGCCAGAGUCAGCGGAGGUGUUUCUAAUUUCUCAUUCUCAUUUCGUGGAAUGGAAGCUAUAAGGGAGGCUAUGCACAGCGUGUUUCUCUUUCAUGCUAUAAAGGCAGGUUUAGACAUGGGCAUUGUGAAUGCUGGGGCUCUCCCAGUGUAUGAUGACAUAGAACCAGAAUUGUUGAAAUUGUGUGAGAACUUGUUAUGGAACAAAGACCCAGAUGGCACAGAAAAACUUUUGGCCUAUGCUCAGACAAAAUCAAAAAGUGGCAUGACUAAAGCCAGUCAAGAUGAUGAAUGGAGAUCUAAGUCAGUGGAAGAGAGGCUGUCUUACUCUUUAGUUAAGGGAAUAGACAAGUAUGUGAUAGAAGACACAGAAGAGGCUCGUCAGAACACGGCUCUGUAUCCUAGACCACUCAACGUCAUUGAAGGUCCACUAAUGAAGGGUAUGGCAGUGGUUGGAGACCUGUUUGGCUCUGGUAAAAUGUUUCUGCCUCAAGUCAUCAAAUCCGCAAGAGUCAUGAAAAAGGCUGUGGGCCAUCUGAUACCCUACAUGGAAAAAGAGAGACAAGAGUCCAUGAAGGCACAAGGUUUGCCAGAAGAUGCUGAGCCUAGCUAUCAGGGAACAGUUGUCAUAGCAACAGUGAAAGGAGAUGUCCAUGAUAUUGGCAAGAACAUCGUUAGCGUUGUCCUGGGUUGUAACAACUAUAAAGUAAUUGAUCUUGGAGUGAUGUGCCCUUGUGAAUCAAUUAUUGAAGCAGCCAUCAAAGAAAAGGCAGACUAUAUUGGAAUGUCUGGUUUGAUCACUCCAUCAUUGGAUGAAAUGAUUUAUAAUGUAAAAGAGUUUGAAAGAGUUGGACUCAACAUCCCAGUUCUGAUUGGAGGAGCCACUACAUCUAAACAACACACAGCCGUCAAAAUUGCUCCACGAAAGACCAGCCCAGUUGUUCAUGUUCUGGAUGCUUCCAAAGCUGUUGUUGUAGUUUCCGCACUGGGUGAUCAAGCCUCCAGGGAUGAAUUUAUUGAAGAAUUGUCAGAGGAAUAUGAAGAGAUUAGAGAAGAGCAUUAUGAAUCACUAAAGGAUCGGAAAUAUCUGCCAUUGUCCAAAGCCAGAGAAAAAAAACUUGUAAUUGAUUGGUCCAAAACUCCACUUCCAGUGAAGCCAUCUUUUAUUGGGGUGAAAAAGUUUGAAAAUUUUGACCUUCAGGAAUUGGUGCCUUUCAUCGACUGGCGGCCAUUUUUUAAUGUUUGGCAGCUGCGAGGAAAGUAUCCAAACAGAGGCUACCCAAAGAUAUUUAAUGAUAAAGAAGUUGGUGAAGAAGCCAAAAGAAUUUUUAAUGAUGCUCAAAAAAUCAUAGAGAAAAUAAUAAAAGAGAAAAAGUUGCAAGCAGCAGCAACUAUUGCAUUCUAUCCAGCCAACAGUGUUGGGGAUGAUAUUGAGGUUUAUGACGAGACUGGGAAGAAGAUUGCAACUUUGUUUGGUUUAAGGCAACAGGCUGAAAAAGAAAGCUCAGAUAACUCUCCCUAUUUAUGCCAGUCUGACUUCAUAGCUAGUAAAGAAAGUGGCAUCACAGAUUAUAUAGGUCUGUUUGCUUGCACCUCUGGGAUAGGCACUGAGCAACUGUGUCAAGAGUAUGAAACUCAGUUUGAUGAUUACAACGUGAUCAUGGUCAAAGCCGUAGCUGACAGACUGGCCGAAGCUUUUGCAGAGUAUUUACAUUUGAAAGUUCGUAAGGAGUACUGGGGCUAUUCACAAGAAGAAAAUUCAAAUCCUGAUGACCUACAUAGGCUCAAGUACCAGGGAAUCCGUCCAGCCGCAGGCUACCCCAGCCAGCCUGACCACACAGAGAAGACAACAAUGUGGCAGCUGAUGCAUCCAGAUGAAGUGGGUAUCACAUUGACAGACUCACUGGCCAUGGAGCCGGCAUCUUCAGUGUCUGGAAUCUAUCUAGCCAAUCCACAGAGUUUUUAUUUUGCGACAGAUAAAUUGUGUAAAGAUCAGAUAAUUGACUAUGCUCAAAGAAAACAGAUUGAUCUAACUGUUGCUGAAAAAUGGUUGCGGUCCAACUUGGCAUAUGAUGACGAUGAAGAAUAAGAAUUUUGUUGGUUUUAUUUUUUCCUGUUAAAUUUUUAUUGUUAAAUAUGUAACACAAAGUCUCACAUUGGCUCAAAUAGUUCAUGAUUCUUUUAUGUUGUAUUUUAAAGGAGGAUAUAAAUAAACUCUUUCUCUCUGUAAUUACUUUUCCACGUUUUGAAGGAAUUCUUCAUUAUGCUCAUUACUAUUUCACUCCCCUGUUAUGAUUAAGCUUCAAUAGUUUUGUUGUUUGUUAUCAGAAAAUGUUGUAUUUGGUAUAGAAUGAAAGGGAAAUGAAUGCUCUUUUUAUAUAACACAAAGUCAAGUUUAAAAAAUUAAACAUUACUUUAAUUUAAUGGGGUCAAUUCAACGAUGGUAUCGUCGAUUAGGAGAGAAAGAGUUAAGCUCACAUGAGAUAUUAAGCAAAAGGAUUUCUUGUAUUAAAGUAGGCUGUUUAUUAAAAUGUCCACCCACUGAUCCAAGAUGUAUAUAGGCCAGUAAACUUGAUACCUAAAUAUUUUUUUUUAUUGUUUAGUUAAUAAAAGGUUGUAACUAUGUAAUGAAUAUUUUACAAAGUAGUUUUAAUAUUCAGUAACAUUGUGUUCAUGUGUAGAUAUCUAGAUUGAUAUUGCUUGAAGUUACUCAUGAUUUAAGAGGAUAGUUGUUCAAAACUUAUUUUCUUUUUUGUAUAUUGUUUUGCCUGAUUUAAUGACAUAAUCUUUUAGUAAGCUUAUUUGUUUCAUGACCAUAGCCUGUACUCAAUUUUUAUUUGGAACUCAAAUGCAGCUUUAAACUGUCAAGAAGGAUUUUUUUAUUUCGAAAAUUUUUGUGUGUAAAAAUUAUUUCCUACAGCUUAAACUAUAAUAAGUUAAUGGAUAGAUUGUUAUCAAUGGAAAUGUAGGUGGAUUAUUUUCCAUCAUGUUUUUUUUUUUUAAAGUAUGACAUACAGACAUUUGAGAAAAACAGAGAAAUACUUAAGAUUCUGUUACAAUAAUGUACGAACACUAGAGCUAUGCCGGUAAUGAUUUUUUUGUGAUUUUUUUUUUUUUAAACUGACUAAUCCUAUUCUUGGUUGAAAGACGAGGUGCUAAAAUGCUAGUUCUUAUUCUCUAUGUUUGCUGCCUACAUGCUAGUUCUUGUAAUAUGAGUUAAUGAAGUGCCCUCAUUUCUAAGUACUGGUAUUUAUGUAUAGAGAGAAAAGUUCAAUUUGAAACUGAUUUGAUUGUAUGACUGCAACAGUUUAAGAAUUAUUUUUUUUUAUGGCUGUAAAUUAAAGGGAGAUAAUCUUUCAUUAUUCUGUAAAUGUAGAAUUACCUUUUCUUAUUUCUUAUUGGUCUUUUUUUCUUUUUUUUUUUAAACAAAUUGUAUGCAAUAGUGAGUUUUAAAGGUAUCUUUGUACAUGAUAAAGAUGUGAUGCACAAGAAGAAAUGUAAAUAUCAAACCCUACUUGAUAUUUUUUUAAUAGAAUGAAAAAUUCCACAAGAUAUUCUAAUUAAAGCCACAAAGCACAAAGUUCUGCCACGGAAAAUAUUCAGGUCAUACACUUUGUGUGUUAGGAACACACAGGUGUAAAUAUAUUUAUACAAAUUUGUAUGUAUAUCUUAUAAUUUUUAUAAUUUAAAGCUACAUUUGCAUGACAUUUUUCUCUACCAUGUUUUUCAUUGACCACUGGCUAAAAUUGUCUCUAUUGGAAAUUUAUAUUGAUAUAUAUACUUUUAAACACAGUGUACAAUAAAAUUGUUUCAUGAUAUC